AUGUUUGACUCACUCCAGCCUCAUCCUUUGUUGGCCCAAGUUCCGUUAACCGUCUCACCAUUUCUGUCGCUGCCUACCGCCGUAACGCUUCCAUAUACAUUUCGAUCCGUACCAACGUCGCUUCCUCCUUCCAUCAUCUCUGAAAAUGGCGCUGGAAAGCCCAAAUAUGUUACUUCUUCUUCCGGCCACACUGCCCAUCCUGAAGACAUCAUAAAUUCGUGUAAAACCCUCCAAGAUCAUCUUCAGAAAACCUCGGAAGCGGCAGUGAAGGCCAUCCGAGACUGGGAACAAGACAUCAAGGACCGAGAUCUGGCAGAAAAGCGAAGAGUAGCUCCAGGAUGGUUAGACCGAGAAGAGAAGAUCUUAGAACCCAUCAAAGCAUCCAAGUCUGGAACCGAUCAGAACUUGCUCGAUGGACAGCCGGCAAACGUGAUUGCAGCACCGGCAAUAUCACCGAGUCGAGAAGGUGAAGAAAUAGAUCGAGCAUUUGGCGGCCUGGGUCUGAAGUGA